AUGGAGGAUGACGACACCAAGAAUCCUGCCGAGUUGGCUGGGUUUCUCCACGAUAUCCUUGAGGACUGUGAUCUCCUCUUCGCCCCGUCGCCCCUCGGCCGAGCCGCCUCCCCUGUCGAAGAUGCUGUCGCCAGCGAUGCCACAGUCGACACUAUCAAGCUCUUGAUACUGCCGCGGAGCAAGGCGAAGACUCAGAAGUGGAUUCUUCCGAUGAAGACUCUCUUGUGGCGAAGCAGUUCUGGGUUAUUGUCCGACCCGUUGGCGACGAGCGACAGGAAAUCCUCGGCCUACGCACUCACAAGCACAGCGACUUGGCCGAGUACCUACACAUCAACACCUACUAAUGGUAUUGGAGGCAAAUGGAGUUCGUUUUGA